GCUCUUCCACGGCAGCCUGGCCCUGGCCCCCAUGCUGGAGGUGGCGCUCAGCCUGAUUGAUUCUUGGUGCAGGGAGAACAGCUAUGUAAUAGCUGGCUACUAUCAAGCAAAUGAACGUGUGAAGGAUGCCAGUCCAAACCUGCUGGCUGAAAAGGUCGCCUCCAGGAUUGCAGAAAACUUCAGUGACACGGCCCUCAUAAUGGUGGAUAACACUAAAUUUACAAUGAAGUGCCUAAAACCAGCAGUUCAUGUGUAUGAGCACCAUGAAAAUAAAUGGAGAUGCAGAGACCCACACAUUGAUUAUUGUGAAGAUUGGACAGAGGCCCAGAGGAUCUCUGAAUCACUUUUGGAUAGCCGCUCCUACGAAACACUAGUAGAUUUUGACAAUCACUUGGAUGACAUUCGGAAUGACUGGACAAACCCAGAGAUUAAUAAGGCUGUUUUACAUCUCUGUUAAGAAGAUUCCCACUGAUUCGACUUGCUGGGAUUUUCACUGUGCUGAAGAGAAAAAAAAAGAGCAUUAAUUUUCAAAUGUAAAUAGAGAGGGGAUGGUCCCUUCAGGUGAGUGAGACCCAUCCCUUAGAAAAGGAUGUGUUGCUAUGCAGUCAAGUCUUUUUAAUGAGAAUCUUUGGGACAUCAACCAUAUUUUGGAGCCUUUUCUGUUGAUUGCCCUUCCGUCCUCAUCCUGGCAUUCUUGUUACUCUCCAGUGAGAAACGAGAUCUACUUGUUCCAAAUCGUUCGUAUUAAAAAGUUUUGACUUAACUUUUCAUAUCCUUUAGAGAUAAAUUUUUAAAAAAGAGAUUUAUGAAAUACCUUUCAGAGAGCUAACUGCUAGUUUUAUUUUUAAAGAAACUGCAUCUAAAUCGAUAACUGAACUUUCCACGGUCAGGUCAGUUUGGAAACUGUUGUUCCAAGUGCUGAUUUCUGGACAUGGUUGCAAUUGACUGAUACAUUCUACAAGGAGGAAACAACUUGAGAUACAGUAUAUUCCCAGAUGCUGCCAAGUUUCUUAGUUAUUCUGGGAAUGCUGCAAUUUUUCUCCUCCAGUUUGAGUGUUAUGAGUCCAUUUGGGUUCACCUUGAACACCAAGCCUCUUCUGUGAGUUCAGUAUGGGUGGAAGAGGCCAAACAGCCAAGUAAGUUAUAAAUACGUGUUUUUGUUCACCAAACAAAAAGCAAAGUAGUUCUCUUUAUUCUUGUGCCUGGGGGGAAAAAAACCAUGUAAUUUCUUUGAUGUUUAAUUAUUGCACAAACAUAGGAAAAGAAGUUACAGCCAUGGAUUUCAGUUCCUGAAAUAAUUACAAUGAAGUGGCCUCUAGCCCCAGCACUCCCGCCUUGGUUCCCCCUUCAGGAAAGGGACUCUGGCAGCUGCUUGGUCUGAUUUUGAAAUAUACUCUUCUCAUUUGCCGAUUCUGUUCAAAUCCUCCAAGCUGUGAUUAGUUAUUCAGGUUUUCAGAGACCCUCCUUUUCCAGGUUCAGAAAGAAUAGCCAGCUGUGAUUCAUCACGAAACAAGAUGCAAACUUUUAAUCUUUUAACACAAAGGGGGAGAACGUGCCACCCCAUUCAAAAUGGCUGCACUCCAAGCAUCGUGCUCAGGAAAGCCUCCCCAUCCAAUCUUUCAUCGAGGUGCUGGUUCCCCAGUGCGUAACUCCCAUAGCACCCACACGUACUGAUGGACACAUCUCCUGUCUACAUUCUAGUAAAAGUAGAUGUUGAAGAAGAGCACAACUGUUGAUCUUUCAUAGCUGGCGUUCCUGUUGGUUCUCAUGCUAUUUUCUUGCAAGCAGAUUUUAUAGUCUUAACAGUUUGGUUUCAUGUUGAGCUGUUUGGAUCAGGCUUGUAAUAUAAUGGUUUUGUGGUGUAAAGUGUAAAAGAGUCUUUCAAACGUUAAAACCUGUUUCGCUUGGGAUUUUUUUUUCCUUUUUUAAUAUAACUUUUCAUGGGGAUGGUUGCAUCUUCCUUGUGCUAAUUGUUUUUCAUGUCUGAUUUUCUUUGUUUCUUCCACCCUGACCGAUCCUGUAUUAAUGCAACCUUUUAUUUAUGGCAUAUUCUGUAUCUCAAAAGUAACCGUUUGAGCUUUUAUGUUGCUUUCUUUCCCUCAUCACCUUGAAAAUAAAGCUGAUGAAACAAGC